UGAGGGCGGUCCGCAGCCGGACGUCAUGCAGCAGUGGGGGCCGCAGCGGGGGCAGCAGGGGGAGCAGCGAGAGGUACUCGCAGGGGUGCCGCGGGGAACGCAGCAGCACCAGCAGCAGCAGGAGGCGCAGCACCAGCAGCAACAGCAAGAGGAGGAGGUGGGGCAAGAGGUGGUGCAACUGCAUCAACAACACGGGACGGCGGUGGCAGCACCCGCCCCCGGCGGCCCGCCGGAAGUCCAGGCGGCUGAGCCGGGUGAUGUCGGGGACGAGGGCAGUGCGCCGCUGGCAAGUACUAUCCCCAUAGAGCCCACUGCCGCGGCAGGUAGCGCCGCUGCACAAGAUGUACAAGCUGAGGGCAGGGGGGGCGGCAUGGGAGGUGGCGGCGAUGACGGCGGCGGUGAGGGCGCGCGGUUGUCAACCGACGAGGGCAGAGGUGCGACUAGCUUGGCGGCCGAUAGCCCGGCUGCGGAGGCCAGCCUUCCCGGGACGGAAGGGGCUGCUGCUGGCGCUGACGGCGGUGGCGCUCAGGACAUGGAUGCCUUGGGUGUACGACAAGACCUGGUGUGCGGUGUGGCUGGGGCCGCCGUUGCGGCAGUGGAGGCCGAGGUUGCAGCGGGAGCUGAGACUGAGGACGAGAUCGAGGGUGAGGUCGGGGCUGAUGGCGAGAGCGAGGUCGAGGUCGAGGUCGAGGCGCCUCCCUCCCUGGCGCUGGCGCUGUCCCUGCCGCCCGGGUCUCAGGGUGCAGUGCCGCUGUGCAGCCCGCCGCUGGGCUCCCUGGCCCUCGCCUGCCCCAGCCUGCAGCUCGCACUCGACGACCCGCCACCACCCCUGCCGCAGUCUCAGAACACGCUGCUAGGGUUGCAGGACCCGGAGCAGCACGAGGAGCAGCAGCAGCCACCGCCACCACGUCAGCCCUCUCCGGACAUGCCUCAACCCAAGCCGGGCUCGGCAGCCGCCUCCAGCCCGGGCAGCUCCGGAGCCAGAAGCUCGAGCAGCAGCGGGGGCGUCAGACCUGCCUGAUGUGGGUAAUGCUGGUGAACUGAUAACCUCACAAGGGCAAGGCGGUGGUAGCCCCGGACCGUCUCAGCAGCGGCAUGAGCAGCGGGGUCGUCAUGCAACACAUCAGGAGGGCUCGGAAGGCUGCCGCAUGGG